GGCUCCUUCCUCCCCCAGAUCCUGACGGGGGAAGACUGGAACGCGGUGAUGUACGACGGCAUCAAAUCUCAGGGCGGCGUCAAGGGGGGGAUGGUUUUCUCCGUCUACUUCAUCGUCCUCACCCUCUUUGGCAACUACACCCUCCUCAACGUCUUCUUGGCCAUCGCGGUGGACAACUUGGCCAACGCGCAGGAGCUCACCAAGGAUGAGCAGGAGGAGGAAGAAGCCGCCAACCAAAAGCUGGCGCUGCAGAAGGCGAAGGAGGUGGCCGAGGUCAGCCCGCUCUCCGCGGCCAACAUGUCCGUCACCAUGAAGGAGCAGCAGAAGAACCAGAAACCCUCCAAAUCCGUGUGGGAGCAGCGCACGAGCGAGCUGCGGAAGCAGAACCUGCUGGCGAGCCGGGAGGCGCUUUACAGCGAGCUGGAGCCCGAGGAGCGCUGGAAGGUGCCCUACGCUCGCCACCUCCGCCCGGACAUGAAGACCCACCUGGACCGGCCGCUGGUCGUGGACCCGCAGGAGAACCGCAACAACAACACCAACAAAACGCGCCCCGGAGACCCCCCCCCGCCGCCCGACCCCCGCUUCGCGCCGCUGCGGCAGCCGCGAUACCCCGACCCCGGCGGAGGAGCCCCCCGGCCCGCAGAGCCCCCUCCUCCGCCCGGGGGGGUCCCCCCUCCCCACGGGCGACGCCCCCGCAGCCGGAGCCGGGAGCCCCCCGAACGGGAGCCCAGCGCCGAGCGCGGCUUCGUGGGAGGGGACGGGGGGGAGCGGCACAAACCGAGGCACCGGAGCCGCGACGGCCGCGCCGGGUCCCCCGAGCGGGAGCACCGGAGGCACCGCGGGCACCGCAGGGCGACGGAGGAGGGUGAGGAAGGGGCGGCGAGGACCGAGAGGCGACCGAGGCACCGGGAGGGAGCCCGGCCGGCCCGAGGGGACGGGGACGGGGAGCAGCAGCACCACGGAGACGACAGAGAGAGGCGGCGGCGGCACCGGCACGGGCCGCCCGCGGGGUACGACGGAGAGGGCAGGAGGGAGGACAAGGAGCGGCGGCACCGCAGGAGGAGGUGAGGGAGAGCGGAGGGUCCCCCGGGGUUGGC